GCAACAACAAUCGGCUCAGAUUCAUUUUAACAGCUACGCACAAGCUCAUCCACAAACGCAAUUUGUACUAGUUCCUUACGACAAACAAGCUUAUCAAUCGCAACCUCAAUUAUAUCCGGAUCCAUCAAUGUUGAAUUAUGAUUGUCAAAAUGAAGAUGAUAAUAUUGAUGAAAAAACAUUGAAAGACAAUGAAAUCGUAGGAGACGAAAGAAUAACACAGCAAAUGUUGCCAAGUAACACAACACUAGAUCAGCCCUUAUUAAUUUACUCAACGAUACCAGUUGCAACAAAUGCGUGUACUACAAAUGGUUCAUUGUAUCCAAUGCAAUUUCCAGUUUAUUCAACAGGGAAAGAUAUGAAAAAGGCCACAUCUGUAUCGUCACUUUCAUCAUCAUCUUCGUCAGCUAACGGAGGUAUGUGUUCAAUGCCUGAUGGAUCCGAGCAACAAAUGUUUACUUUAUACCAUCCAGUGCCAGCAAAUGCCGCUCAUUUAUUUCCCACAUCACUUCAAAAUGUUUAUUCACCAUACGUUCACACCUAUCAUUCCUUACAGGCCGCACCACCGUCACUUCAUCCUGUCAUUGUUCCACAACCCCCUCCUACUGCUACAACAACUGAACCAUUAAUUAUGGAAGUGAGACAAUUGAGUAAUGCACCAAUUGAUAUUCAAGUUCUGACUCAGUUGAUAAAUACAAAAAAAUUAACUGAUAAUAGUACGAACGAUGAUGAUUCGUCUCUAUCCGAAUUACAACGUCAAGAAGAAAUCGAUGAUGAUAUGGAUAUUGAUGAUAAUAGAACAAUUCAACAAGAACAACAACAGAAUAAUUCUACUGGUGAAUUAUCGGUUGAAAGUAAUUCUCAUAACACGCCAGCGACAUCAACACAACAAUCGAGCUCAAGUCGAAUUAUGUCAAAUGUGUUACAAAUUGUUUAUAGACAAGAGCGUGGAGAAUUUAAUUUGGAUGACAUUACAUGUUAUCUUGCGAAUAGAUGGUCAGAAACUAUUGACAGAUAUACGAAAGGUGAUCCAAAUAUUUUAUAUAUUAGUGGUGAUGCAUGA